AUGCUUUCCUUGACUCCUGUUCCUGACUCGACGCGCAUGUGGUUCGAGUUCAAAGUUUCUUCGCUGAGAGAAAUGGCUUGGGUUGAACACUGCACCGGCCUUGUACGGAUUGACACGGACUACAGUGACCAGCAUGCGCCGGAAGGUGCUGUAGAGAAGCUGCGGUUCGCCAACUCAGCACGUUCGUGGUACAAAGUCAUGGCAGAUGUUGGGUUCAACUUUGGACCCGCGUUCCAGAAACACUUACAAGUGGAGACAAUCACUGGUCAGAGGAAGAGCCGGUCGACAGUUUCUCUGCAACCCCCAGAGUCAUCUUAUGGGCAGUCCAUCUAUCCCAUGCACCCAGCUUGCAUUGAUGGAUGUUUUCAAACUGUUUCCCCAGCUCUGUGGGGAGGCGAUAGAACAACCGUCGGAGCUGUUUUGGUGCCGGCUGUCAUUAGCAGUCUUGUCAUUACUGCACAAGAGCAAUCUCCAAAUGAGGCUAUCUCCGUUGCAUCGGCACAUUACCUGGGGAUCGGGCGCACCGAUACCCCUAGAAACUACGGAACGGAUUGUUCCGUUUAUAAUCCCAAGGAUGGAUCUCUCCUCUUGGAGAUGAAGGGACUUCAAUUCAGAGAGCUGGAAACAAGCGGGGAUGAGCGGCCUGAGCACGUCUUCACUAGAACUUCCUGGAAUGCAGACAUUUCAACCUUACUAUCUUCACCUACGUUGAAAGUCUUGGAGGUCAAUCUUGGCGCAGAAGAUGCGACCAGCAUUUGGCUUCAAAGCAAUUCGCCGUCAUCCAGCCCAAUCCGAGAUGCAUGCUCACAGUACCACUUUGCAUCAACCGACCCAACGGCCCUCGUUGCCGCGCAGGAUCAAUAUUCGUCACGGGCCCCCAAUGCAGAGUUUACCAUGAUUAACCCCGCCGUUUCUCAGGAAAUUCUGGAUGGCGUGCAAUUCGAUCUGGCCAUCGUAACGGUUUCGCCCUCCGCAUCAACGGAGGAAGUGAGGGCAGUUGUAGCAAGUGUGGAUUUGUCCAUGCACGGCAGUGAUAUUCAAGCUGCCCUUUCCGACAACAAUUUUGGCAACAUUCACACGUUGAGCGAUAACGUUUAUCUGUGCUCACCGGUGAGCAUAAGAACCAAUAAAGAGGAUCAUAUUUCUGCGCGGCCAGUGAUCAAACACGUCAGUCUCCAGCCAACCGCCCAAAAAGCUCCCCCACAGAUCGUUGAAUCUUUUGGAAAUGGAAAUUGGAUUGUUGAUAGCGUUGUAGAUGUGGCGAACGGUACCAAGGCCAAUGAAUCUGUUCUCAUCCUUGAACUUUCAACUACUGUCAUGGAUUCUCUGGACGAGAGACAAUGGCAGAUCUUGCAGAACCUCAUUCAAAAGGAAUGCCAGAUCUUAUGGGUUACCUCUGGCGCCCAGAUGGAUGUCACCAAUCCGACCAAACCUGCCAUUAGUGGUUUCUUCCGCGUUUUGCGAGCUGAGGAACUUCUCCUCCGCUUAGUUGUUUUGGAUGUGGAGCAGCCAUUGAAGCCCACCACGGUGACAGCUAUCGAAUCUUGUCUCACUCUCAUGGCCGAGCCUCAGGCCAAGCAACUGAUUGAGAGCGAGUUUGUAGAGCGUGGGGGCGUUCUACAUGAUGAGGAACUUAGUUCCCAGAAAACGGAAUUAGUCGACCUACAUGCUAAUGACGCCCGCAUCCGCCUGAAUUCCCUGACGUUGCCUGCUGGCUUUGAUGAAGUUGAGAUCUUUGCCACCGGCAUGAACUACAAGGAUGUUGUGGUUACCAUGGGAAUUGUUCCUGGUAAUGAGCACACUCUUGGAGGUGAAGGCGCAGGUGUGAUCACUAGGGUCUCUCCAGAAGUAACCUCAUUUGCAGUGGGACAACGUGUUGUGGUGUUUGACAAGGGAAUGUUUGCCAACCGAGUCCAGACAACCCCGGGGCGGGUUCAUAGUAUUCCAGACUGGAUGACCUUUGAACAUGCCUCCACCUUGUCAGCAGUCUACUUGACGUCAAUUUAUUCCCUGUUUGAUCUGGGAAAUGUGGUCAGGGGCCAGCGCGUUCUCAUCCACUCCGCUGCUGGUGGUGUUGGUAUCGCAGCAAUCCAACUGUGCCAAUAUGCAGGUGCUGAGAUCUUUGCCACGGUUGGAACCGACGAGAAACGAAAGUUCCUCAAAUCAACCUUCGGGCUUUCGGAUGACCGGAUCUUCAACUCACGAAAUACUGAUUUCGCUAACCAGAUAUCUGAUGCUACCAACGGCCAGGGAGUGGACGUUAUUCUGAUCUCAUUGACGGGUGAUUUGCUGGACGAAUCAUGGCGUAUAUUGGCCGAUGGGGGGACAAUGAUCGAGAUUGGAAAAAAGACAUUCUGGAUCGUAACAGCCUGUCAAUGGAACCUUUUGAUCGAAACAUUUCAUUCCGACCAGUGGAUAUGUCGCAUGAGAGAGCUCCAGACCAUCUUGUCUCUCGCGGAGGCGGUAGUCAAAGUUCCAGUCCGACGAGCUCCCAGAACUCUGAACUUGCGCAGUGACGCAUGCUACCUAAUUGUCGGUGGGCUAAAGGGUCUUUGUGCCUCUCUCGCCGUGUAUCUGGCCAAAUGCGGUGCAAAGCACUUGGCCGUGAUCUCGCGUAGCGGUCACGCCGAUGAGAAAUCACAGGGCGUGGUCCGAGAAAUUCAGGCUUUGGGGUGCGAGAUUGACCUUCUUUCGGGGGAUGUUUCGAUCAUGGAUGACGUGGAGAAAGCUUUCCGGCAGACUACGGUGCCAAUUGCCGGCAUUGUUCAAGGCGCAAUGGUGCUAAGGGAUCGAAUCUUCUCCAUGUCCGUCGAUAAAUACCACGGCGCACUAGCAUGCAAAGUCCAAGGAACAUGGAACUUGCACAACGCAGCUGAAAAUCUAGGCCUCCAGCUAGACUUCUUCACUAUGUUGUCCAGUAUCUCACAAGUCGUCGGCCAAAAGGGUCAAGCCAACUAUACCGCCGGUAAUGCGUUCCUGGACUCCUUCGCCAGCUACCGUCGUCUGGGUCAACCGGCCUGUGCAGUCGACCUCGGUGUUAUUGAAGAUGUGGCUACAUUCACGAACGAGAUGGCAUGCAACAGAAGCUUGACACCAGCAUCUGGGUGGCAACGGGACGAUGCGCCAUCAACACUCUCCGCCACGCAGAUAAUCACCGGUAUCCCGGUACCUCAGCCUGAGAACUCGCAGUUGUUACAAGAUGCCCGAUUUGCUAGUCUCUUUACCACCACUGGGCGCACAGCGACCGGUGGUGGCGAGGGGAAUAGCUCGGCUGGUUCUAAAGAGAUUCAGGCAUUGUUGCUGUUGCUUCGGUCCAAAUCCCCGGAUCACGCAGCGCAGCUUAUGCAAGAUCCUGAGCGUGCCGAAAGCGCGAUCCAAUCCAUCGUGAAGGUUGAACCUGCGCCGAAGUCGCCCGGCAAGAUCAAGUUCCUCCAUCUUGAUCUCAACGACUUGGAAUCAGUCAAGGGGGCAGCGACUACCUUUGCACAACAAGAAUCAAAACUUGAUGUCCUCUGGAAUAAUGCGGGAACUGGGGCGAACCUGGUCGAAGCCGGCGCUAAAACAGCCCAGGGAUUCGAAGCUAUGGUUGGAAUGCACUGUAUCGCGACUUUGCUAUUCACCGAGCUCCUGCGACCGCAGCUACGGGCAGCCGCAGCAGCGCCCGAGACACCCCAUGGAUCUGUUCGCGUAGUGUGGACAUCCAGCUUUCUAGCAGAGGGUGCCUCGCCACCGAAUGGGAUUGAUUUCACAGGGUUGGAUAAGGGAACCAAAGAUCGAACUCGCAACUAUGCUGUCUCAUAG